UUAGUUCUCUUCCUUGAAACCAAAACAGGAUUCCCUUUCCUACCACUCUGAAGAAGGAGAUGGAGAAGGCAGUCAGAACUCCAGGGGAUGGGUCACCUCCCCCCCCCAUUAGGAAUAGAAAUUAAAAUGUGUGAAAUGUGGACUAUGUUCAUUGAAUGAGCACACAUAGUUCACAUCAACGACCUCCAACAGGGGAGAAACCAUGUAAAGGUAUGGAGUGUGGGAAACGUUUCACUGAUAGUGGAAACCUUAGAACACAUCAGGGGACUCACAUGGGCAAGAAAGGAUUCCACUGCAGGGAGUGUGGGAAGAAUUUCCAUCAAUGUGGCCACUUAAGUUUACAUCAACAUAUUCACACAGGGGAAAAACAUUUUAAAUGCCUGGAGUGCGGAAAGAGCUUCAGUCAGAAUGGAGACCUUAAAUUACACCAGCGGAUUCACACAGGGGAGAAACCAUAUAAAUGUAUAGAGUGCGGAAUGAGCUUUAGUCAUAAUGGAAGACUUAGAACACAUCAAUGGACUCACACAGGGGAGAAAUCAUUUAAAUGUAUAGAGUGCGGAAAGAGCUUUAGUGAUAAUGGAAGCCUUAGAAAACAUCAACGGACUCACACAGGGGAGAAACCAUAUAAAUGUAUAGAGUGCGGAAAGAGCUUUAGUGAUAAUGGAAACCUUAGAAAACAUCAACGGACUCACACAGGGGAGAAACCAUAUAAAUGUAUAGAGUGCGGAAUGAGCUUUAGUGAUAAUAGAAGCCUUAGAACACAUCAACGGACUCACACAGGGGAGAAACCAUAUAAAUGUAUAGAGUGUGGAAAGAGCUUUAGUCAUAAUGGAAGCCUUAGAACACAUCAACGGACUCACACAGGGGAGAAACCAUAUAAAUGUAUAGAGUGUGGAAAGAGCUUUAGUGAUAAUGGAAAACUUAGAACACAUCAACGGACUCACACAGGGGAGAAACCAUAUAAAUGUAUAGAGUGUGGAAAGAGCUUUAGUGAUAAUGGAAAACUUAGAACACAUCAGCGGACUCACACAGGGGAGAAACCAUUUAAAUGUAUAGAGUGCGGAAAGAGCUUCAGUGAUAAUGGAAACCUUAGAAAACAUCAACGGACUCAUACAGGGGAGAAACCAUAUAAAUGUAUAGAGUGUGGAAAGAGCUUUAGUGAUAAUGGAAAACUUAGAACACAUCAACGGACUCACACAGGGGAGAAACCAUAUAAAUGUAUAGAGUGCGGAAUGAGCUUUAGUCAUAAUGGAAGCCUUAGAACACAUCAACGGACUCACACAGGGGAGAAACCAUAUAAAUGUAUAGAGUGUGGAAAGAGCUUUAGUCAUAAUGGAAGCCUUAGAACACAUCAACGGACUCACACAGGGGAGAAACCGUAUAAAUGUAUAGAGUGCGGAAUGAGCUUUAGUGAUAAUAGAAGCCUUAGAACACAUCAACGGACUCACACAGGGGAGAAACCAUUUAAAUGUAUAGAGUGCGGAAAGAGCUUCAGUGAUAAUGGAAAACUUAGAAGACAUCAGCAGACACACAGCAGAGAAACCAUUUAAAUGUAUGGACUGUGGAAGGAGCUUCAGUCAGAGAGGAACCCUUGAUUUAUGUCAACAAACUCACACAAAACACAAACCUUAUAAAUAUCAGGAAAGUAGAUAGAGGUUGAGCCCUAGUGGAAGUUCUAAAUCAACAGACUCACGGACAGGAAGAACUUUAGGAAUUGAAACCCUUCAAACCAUCCACAAACUCAGAGAGGAGAAGCAGUUUAAAUGAAAAGAUUGCAAAAGUGCUUUA